CCCGCAAAUUUCCUGUCACCUUCCUCCUCGCCCUCGUUUUCCCAGCGUCAGGGCUGCAGAGGCUGAAACAGGUCAAAUGUUCGAGACUGUUAAGUCUUAGUAAGGAUUCUUAAGGAUUGCCACAGUGUGAAUUGCAGACUCUCCAGACUCUCACCAUGUCAGGGAAGCGGAAGCGUGUGGUACUGACUAUUAAAGAUAAACUUGAUAUAAUAAAGAAACUCGAAGAUGGAGGCUCUUCCAAGCAAUUGGCGGUGAUUUAUGGAAUUGGUGAAACAACAGUUAGGGAUAUAAGAAAAAAUAAGGAAAAGAUUAUUACCUACGCAAGCAGCUCUGAUUCCACAAGUCUUCUGGCCAAGAGAAAAUCUAUGAAGCCAUCCAUGUAUGAGGAACUAGACAGAGCAAUGUUAGAAUGGUUCAACCAGCAGCGAGCUAAAGGGAAUCCCAUCUCUGGACCAAUUUGUGCCAAACGGGCAGAGUUCUUUUUCUACGCAUUGGGAAUGGAUGGUGAUUUUAACCCUUCUGCUGGUUGGUUAACCCGCUUUAAGCAGCGGCACAGCAUUAGAGAGAUUAACAUUAGAAAUGAAAGAUUAAAUGGAGAUGAGACUGUUGUGGAAGAUUUUUGUAACAGCUUUAGAGAUUUUAUCGAACAGGAGAAUUUGCAGCCAGAACAAAUCUACAAUGCUGAUGAGACUGGACUCUUUUGGAAAUGCCUACCUUCCAGGACUGCAGUAAUUAAAGGUAAAUGUACUGUUCCUGGGCACAACUCAGUUGAAGAAAGAGUCACUGUUAUGUGUUGCACCAAUGCAACAGGCUUACACAAACUUAAACUUUGUGUUGUGGGCAAAGCAAGGAAACCUCGUUCCUUCAAAUCGACGGAUACCUUAAACCUGCCUGUGUCUUAUUUCAGCCAGAAAGGUGCGUGGAUGGAUCUCUCCAUUUUCAGACAAUGGUUCGAUAAGAUUUUUGUGCCUCAGGUUCGAGAGUACUUAAGAUCCAAAGGCUUGCAGGAAAAAGCUGUGCUCUUGCUGGAUAAUUCCCCAACACAUCCAAAUGAAAAUGUCCUGAGGUCAGAUGAUGGCCAAAUAUUUGCUAAAUAUUUACCACCUAAUGUAGCUUCAUCGAUUCAGCCCUUGGGUCAGGGAGUCAUAGCAACCAUGAAAAGAAACUAUCGUGCACGCCUUCUCCAGAACAAUUUGGAAGAAGGUAAUGACCUGAAAUCAUUCUGGAAGAAGCUGACUCUGUUGGAUGCACUUUAUGAAAUAGCAAUGGCAUGGAACUUAGUAAAGCCAGUUACCAUUACCAGAGCUUGGAAACAGAUUCUUCCUGCCAUAGAGGAAAAAGAAGGGUUGGACUUUGAAGAAGAAGAUAUUUCUGGUGCUACUGUGGCCACCAUUUUACAGCAUACCAAAGGACUGGAAAACGUGACUCCUGAAAAUAUGGAGAAGUGGCUUGAGAUUGACAGUACUGAGCCAGGUUAUGAAGUGUUAACUGACAGUGAAAUCAUCAGAAGAGCCCAAGGCCAGACAGAUGAAUCCAGUGAAAAUGAUGAGGAAGGAAUUGAACUGAUUCCAGAGAAACAUAUAAAUCACACAAAUGCUCUCCAAUGGACUGAGAAUUUAUUAGAUUAUCUAGAACAACAAGGUGAUAUGAUUCUACCUGACAGACUGGUAAUACGUAAACUUAGAGCUACCAUCAGAAAUAAGCAGAAGAUGACAAACUCAAGUCAAUAACAGCAUUUGGAUUUUAUCAUUGUUAUAAUUGUAUUUCUGAUAUGUGGUGUAAUUUUCUUCGUGCUAUACAUUGUCAAACAUAGUCCUAUGAAAUGCAUACGCAGAAUGUAUCUGACGCAGUUUAAGGAUUAUGUGUUGUAUCCCCUUAUUUGUAAAAACAGAACUACUUCUGUGUAGGCAUAAAUGACACAUAGUCAUAUAUUUGUUUCUAUAAAUUAGUGAUCUCUUCUAUAAGAGUAUCAGUUCCUACCUUUUCUAGCUUUAAGAGUUAGGUACAGUAAACAGAUUGAGCACUUUCUUGAAUUCUGUUGCUUGAGUUUUGAGUACUGCAGUAGCAAUCUAUUGUGCUAACCAUAUUAAGUGGUUAUUUGAUUUUUGUAUUUGUAUAGGUUGAGAAUUAAAUGAGUAGAUCUUAGGAUAGGAUGAUAUAUAAUAAUUUAAAAAUGAAGUAUAAUAACUGGUGGAAAUAAUCUAUGAAUUAUAAAAAUAGAAUAAUUUUUGUUUUCUUACAUAUUUGUGGGUGGAAAAGGUAAUUCUGGAAAUGAAUUAUAUGUAGUAAGUAAUUAUUAAAUGAGAGGAAACU